GGCAAACAGUUUAAAAAGCCGCUAUGAAAUUUGAUUAGCCAAAUCUCAGCUAGCAUUUCCAUUUUGAUUUCCAUUUCGAUUUCCAUUUCCACAGACAGAUCCACAUCCAUUUCCAUUUCAAUAGGCAGCCAGAUUGCUGCCGUUCUGUUUGACUGACUGACUGAUUGACAAAUUGACUGUCGGUGGCCAUAAAGCAAUUGCAGCGCCUCUUCAGCGUUAGCUGAAUUGAUCGAUUGGCUCAUUAAAAGCCAACACCACGCACACAGCGAACUUUGCACCUGCCGCGCACAAUUUCAUUAUUCUACGGGCCCUUUGACAUCAGCAUCACAUAUGAAACACUCGCUAUGAGAGCUGUUGGGAUUACCGCAUUGCCACACUGAUACUCCCUGCUGGGAGUAGAGUAGUAGAGUAUACAGCAUAGCAUUUCUCUGUGCUCGACUCUGUCAGAAAUAUUAGCAGUACUUGAAACAAUUACAAUCCGAUAAGAGCUAUCUGAGCUGGCGCAACUAAUUGCCGCUCUCGUUCAGCGAUACCCACAAUACAUCAGAGGCCCUGUACGGUUCAGUAAUAUUCAUCUAUAGCGCAAUGCCGACCACGAGCUGCCAAUGGCGCUGCCUGCUGGGCCUGCUCUGCCUGACUUGGCUGUGGACAGCGGGCGAGGCUGGCUUCCUGGAGGACCACUUCCCAGCCAGCGUGUUGGAGGAAGCGGAACUGUCAACGCCUCAGCUAUUGGCCAGGCAUAACUAUCCGGGAGAGCUGCAUGCCGUGACCACCGAGGACAACUACGUGCUGCAGGUGCAUCGCAUCGCCCGACCAGGAGCCAAGCCCGUGCUGCUGAUGCAUGGACUGCUGGACAGUUCAGCAACGUGGAUUAUGAUGGGCCCACACAGCGGGUUGGGCUAUUUCCUCUAUGACGCUGGCUACGAUGUCUGGCUGGCGAAUGCUCGGGGCAAUCGAUACUCGCGUGGCCAUGUCGAGCUGAAUCCCAACACGGACAAGGCGUACUGGAGCUUCUCGUGGCAUGAGAUUGGAUACUACGAUCUGCCCGCCUUAAUUGAUGCUGUGCUAUCUAAAACGGGCUAUCCGAAGCUGAGUUACUUUGGGCAUUCCCAGGGCACCACCUCCUUCUUCGUGAUGGCCUCAACUCGGCCGGAGUAUAAUGCAAAGAUCCAUGUGAUGAGUGCGUUGGCGCCAGUGGCUUUUAUGAGCAAUGUGGAGAGUCCUUUGGUAGCGCUGGGUCACAGAUUGCUGAAAGCCGUGGGAGAAGGGCAGGAGCUACUGCCACACGCGCUUAAUGGCUGUCUGCUGUCGGAGCGUACAUUACAAACUUGCCUGUAUUACAUGUGGAAACUGCUGGGAAAGAAUCCUGCGGAGUUUAAUGAGACUAUGAUACCAGUUAUUAUGCAUCACGUACCGGCCGGGGCUAGUUCCAAUCAGUUCCUCCAUUACCUACAGCUGCAUAAGUCCGAUCGCUUCUGUGCAUACGAUCAUGGUGAGAAGGAGAACCAGCGCAUUUAUGGUCAAGCACAGCCCCCGGAAUAUCUUUUGGAAAAAGUAACAGCUCCUGUCGCUCUCUAUUACACGCAGAAUGAUUAUUUGACUGCUGUGAAGGACGUCAAGCGUCUGAUCAAGCGACUGCCCAAUGUUGUAGAGGAUCACCUGUAUGAGUACAUGAAAUGGAAUCAUAUUGAUAUGGUCUGGGGCAUCAGCGCUAGGCGAAUGGCCCAGCCUCGAAUGCUGGAGGUCUUGCAGACCUAUGAAGCGGGUAAAGCAGCGAAUGGAACAGAUUUGAUUACGACCCAAAGUGUCGAACGGACAACUGAGACCUCAACAAGGGAAACAGUUAAUCCAAUUGAUGAAUAACAUUCAGAAUUAUG